UAAUGUAUAUUAAACUCUCUUUUAUGGUACAUAGGCGUCGUUUUAAUUUGUUGUCAAUUAAUUUAGUAAAACUUCAUAAUACUCUCUAAAUUGGUGGAGUAACCUUUAUAAAAUCGUUAUUUUCUAGAGAAACAGAGACAAUAAAAGUUUCAAACCUUUUUAACCUUCAUCAUAUGUUAGUAAAAGAUGCACUAUGCAUUAAACAGUAUUUUUAUAUAUUUGAAUUUUUCUCAAAAUUGAUGUGUAAAAAACAUCAGUUUAUAUCUCUGUAAAAAACACCAGUUUAUAUUGGUUUGUGGACUAACCAAUAUUUUCGUAGGGUUCAAAUAUUUGUUAAUUACAGAGAUAUAGGUUCAAAUAGCAGACUCCGAAAUAGUCUGGUGAAAAGUAAACUCAUAUUGUAUUUUACAUACAAGUAGUGAAGGAUACACAUUCUAUGAGGCUAUGAGCUAAUCUUCAUUCACCUUUCUCUCAAAACAGUUUGUAUAUGUGUAGAUUCAUAUUUUUAUUAUGUUACGUUUAUAAAAUGUUGAAAAAUCUAAAAUUAUAUUUUAUUCUGAAUCAAUUCUUUUGACAUUUACUUUUAUUCCGUUUAUUCAAGCACACAACUUAAACUUUAAAUUAUAAACGUUAUAUAUUUGAACUCCAAACUCUGCAGUCUGAAAAGUGCCAUUGAACAUUAGUCAGUCACAAUGCUCGGGUUCGGUUCGGGUUUUCGGGUUCGGUUUAUUUGCCCAGCCCUACUCGACAUAUAUGUUCUAUUGUUUACUUAAGAAUUAAUAUCUAAAAUGUAAUCCUGCAAAUGAUAAGUAAAGUGAAUAGUAUGUUUAUUAAUUAAUCAGUGAUGAUGUUUUUCUCAUCAACUAAACAAACAUAAAGAAAGACAUAGACAACAGAACAAAUAAAUAAAAAGACCACCUCGUUUCCUACCUACACCAACUCAUACCUCAUUUAUAUAACAAACAAUAAUGGUACAUAUAUUUAACAAACAAGAAAAAUCUCAUGCCUUACCUCUCUUGCAACUUCUUUUGUGAUCACUUUGUCUACAAGGUUCUUCAUGUGGCCCAUUAGGCUAAUAUAGUCCAAAUUCUCUUUCGAUUUCUCUUUUUUUCUAUAAUUAGAUUAAUGCACACCAUACACUACAUAUUCAUUGUCGAUUCUUAUACUCCAUAUAUGGUUCCACUAAGGAUCUGUUAAUUUAUAUUUAAUUGUAUUUAAUCUUAAACCGUCAUAUUAGUCAAUUACUUUGGCUAAUCAUGCAAAAGAUUUGGUUAUGGCCCGCAAUUUCUAUUACAAAACUUAUGAAAGAAGAUGUAUCCACGUCCAUAUAAGAACCUGAGUAGGUCAAAACUUCAGUGGAAUAUAAAGAGAAAUAUUAGAGGAGUUUUUUUCAUACAUCAACUUGUGAGAACAUCCAAUUUUUUAAACACUUAUAUUGAUUAAGAACAUCCAAGUUUGACCGUAUGUAUCCCUAAACUUAAUGUUAAGUGCCUUAAUAUGUAGAGGAACAUAACUAUCAUUUGAAUAAAAUUUUCAAAUUUUGCUCCCUAAUUCAAGUCCAGUGUUAACGCUGAAUAUAGUUAUAAUAUAGGAAAGCAAAUAAUCAGGGCUGCAGUCACUUGAUCUCCAAGCAAACAUAUCAUAAUUUUCAAAAAAAUUAAAAUAAUCAGAGAGACAUUCGAAUUAUGACGAGAUCAUAAUGAUAACAGCGUCCUUUCCCAAAGCUUUUGAGAAAACAUUCCAUAAACAUCAUUACCAUAAAAUUCAUAAUUAUCGUAGUGGGUCAAAAGCAGUGUGAGUGACCAGUCUCACGUGACAGAAGGCCCAUUUCUUCUCACAAGCACGUAAGGUACACGAACAUGCAUCACGCGUGGAGAUUGCUCAAGUAGCUUGUAUACCAAGCUAUGAAACCAUUAAUAGGAUGGUUUAGACCAAACCGAACUACGCCAAGUGUCGAUAGUCUAGCUCACAGAUCAGAGAAGUGGCUAGUCGUUUGAAGCGCCACUAAUCUCUCUCUUAAUGACUACUACUACUUAAAAGCCAUUUUUAAUACUGUACUAAUAGAAAACAUAAUUAUGACAUUUCCGAAUAAAAUAUUGAAAAAGUUUUUACAUUCUCGGAAAUUUCACAAUAAAAAAAUGAAAUCUUCCAAAAUCAAAAAGGAAAGUAAGUAAAAAUUUAAAAUUUAAAAAUGGAAAAAGCAAUAAAUAAGGCGUGACUAUAUUUAAAAAGGGAUGUUACUAACGAACGGCGAUUUAUUCGUAGCCUUUUUGACUCUUCCUUCUUCGUAACUGUUAAUCCAAAAUCUACUCUCUCUCUCUCUCUCUCUCUCCCUUGUUAGUGUGUAUUCUUCUUCUCCGAUCUCUAAGAGAAAUGAAAAGCCGGGAGAGAAAUGUUAAGUACACGGUUCACCGGAAGCUUACAUCACUCAGCCCAAAGGUUGUGAAAAUCACAGUGACCGAUCCAUGCGCUACCGAUUCCUCCAGCGACGAAGAAAACGACGACAGGUUCGUGUCUCCCGCCAAGAGAGUGAAACGUUACGUGGAAGUAAUCAGGUUCUGCGACGCUGCAAAACGCAAGAAACCGACGAACAAGGCGGCGGAGCCAGUCAAGUACAGAGGAGUGAGACGGCGGCCGUGGGGGAAGUACGCGGCGGAGAUUCGCGAUCCUUCGAAACGCGCUCGAGUCUGGCUCGGAACGUUUGACACGGCGGAGGAAGCUGCCAUCGGUUACGACAAGGCCGCGAUUCGGAUCAAAGGACGUCACGCUUUGACGAAUAUUCUCACUCCUCCGUCAAGUCCGCCGGCGAUCGACCUCGAAACGGUCUCUCGCUGCGACGACUCGGCGGUGGAGGAGUCUCAGUCUAGUAGCAUCAUGCGUUCUCCUACUUCUGUUCUCCGUUUUAGCGCAGGGCCCAUUAACCUCUCCUCGGCCCAUCAAGAAGCUCCGGCGGGUUUGGCCUCGCCCGAUCCGUUUUUCUUGCCUCCCGAACUGUUUCCCGCGAGAGACUGUUUCUGGGAUUCCGAAAUUGCCCCUGAUCCUUUGUUUCUAGACGAGUUCCAGUUAUUACCGAACAGCAGUACAGUCUCGAAGUUGUCGGAGAGUUUUCCGUUAGGCGUGAUCGGGGAUUUGAGCUCUUGCUCGUGGGAUGUGGAUGAGUUUUUCAAGGAUCAUUUAUUCUGAUUAAAUGAGAAAAAAUAUUUUUCGGUUUUUUCGAGUGAUGAGUGUUUGGUGAUGCAUCUUGGUCGUCCGUUUUCCUUUUUUUUCCAGUUCGACCAAGGUGUACGGCUCCGAUCAGUUGGAAGAAGGAGGGGGAAUCCCGGAGAAGCGUAACGGAUUCUUCUUAAUUUAUUAUUCGUAAUUUUUAAAUUUUAUGUUGCGAGUAAAUAUAGUAUUAGAUUUUUAUGUUGCGAGUAAAUAUAGUAUUAGAUUUUAAAAUUUGUGAGUUUUGAAUUGGGGAUUUUGGGGAGGUUUGUGUUGUUUUGAUAUUUUUAUGUUUGUCACUAUGCAAGGAAGCAAUCUAUUAUUAAUUCUAGUAUAUCUUAUAAUAAAUGUAAAUCUUUGUCUUUUGUUCCUUCCCAUGAAUCUCACCAAGUGGGGGUUGUUUGUGUGACAUGUCACAUUUUUCUUAUUAUACAUGAAAACAUCAAA